AAAGACAUUUUAGAAAUUAGGUACUCUUUCCUCCUCCAUUCCUUCCGCUCUGUUUUUCUCUUCCUCUUCUCCUUUCUCUCUUCAAUGGAUUCCGCUGCUGGAUUUUGACGGGUUAGGAAAAGAAAGCUCUUGAUCAGCACGGCUCCCCAUUCAAUGAAGUUUGUUCUAAAUCAUGUUUGAAGCUGAGAUUAUUGCUUUAAAAGAAGCCCUUUACAAGCAAGCUCAAUCAAUACAAGAACUUUCUGCUGAACUUGAGGAGGAAAGAAGAGCUGCAGCAUCAGGGACUGAUGAGGCUCUUUCGACAAUUUUUCGUCUUCAACAACAGAAGGCUUUGGAGAAGAUGGAAUCUAAUCAAUACAAGAGAAUGAUGGAGGCGAAGAUGCUUCACGCCGAAGAAUCUUUGACGAUUCUCAAAGAAGCUAUGCUGGAAAAGGAGGUUGAGAUUGCAAAUCUCAAGUUUCAAGUACAGUCUUAUAGGCAAAGUUUGUUAAGACUUGGCAUAAGUGAUACUGUUGUUGAACAGACAAAGAUGCUUGAGACACCAAAAUUGAGUCAAAGUAAUGCCUUCUCUAAGUUUUCAGGAUUUAAUGAAAGGUUUAGAAGGAAUAUUUCUAUGCCUUCUUCUUGGUUUCAUAAUUUAAAUUUAGAUAUGGAUUUUAUUGAAAAGAAUGAACCUUUAAUUCCUACAAUACCUUUCACAUGGAGUGAGACUGGCGAGAACUCCAAACAGCUGAGAGAACUAAAAGGAGAUUUGUCUCUGAAAUUGAAUGAUGACAGCAGAGUUUUCUCGCUGCCCAUCGCUGGCGACGAUGAAUCCCAACCAAACACGAGAACCAGCUCUCUUUCGAUCGGCGGCAAUUCGAUAAACUGUGGUUAUUUAGAUUCAAAAUGCAGUUUUUGUUCAUGUUUGUCAGCUCAGAGGCAUAGAUCAGAGCAAGAUUCGACCAGGACAACUACUCACUUUAAGAACAUACUCGACAUUUACGAAAUUCCGAAUAGAAACAAUGAUGGUGGCGUGACCGAUGAACCCUGUAAAUCUGGUUCAGGCGAAGCCAUGAUAGAAGCAAAGCGGGCGACGAAGAAAUAUCCGUCCAUGGGGAAAGGAGUUUCUAUGGAUUCUCUUCAAAAUUGUGAGAUUACAGUGCGUCAUAGUGAUGUUGAGGAACUUAAAGAACUGGUGUGGAAGCUUGAGAAUGAUCAGCGGGUUAUGAAGGAGGAACAAACCAACAGAAACAAUGAGCAGUUAAACUUACUGAAGCAGAUGCAUGAGCAGCUGAUGAUGAUGCAAUCUCAGACAAAAGUAUCAAAAAGGAAGCAGCUUUCCAGACAAGAUGAGAUAUUGUUAUCAUCUAUUACAGAGGUAAUGCUAUCCAUUGCACUUUAAAGUGCUAUAACUACUGUUUCAUACAAAUGUAAACUGUUUUAGACUGUAAUAUACUUACCAUUUUUCUACAGUUGAGCUUUUCUCAGGUAUUGCAAAUUUGGGUUUUUGUUGUUUGGGAUUGGGCAGAAAUGUCAUUUUGACUUUUCUUUUGGUAAGGUUGUAAAUAUGUCUACUGUGUGUUAAGUAGAGCUUGUAAAUAUAAUAAUGUGUUGCUAAAAUUUAAUUAUGUUUGUUUAUUUGGAUAAUUAAAUAGAUAUGAAUGUA